AUGCUUCACAACAAUGUUGACGAUAAUAAUGACGAUGCAAAAAUAAAUGACGAUGACGAUGACGACGAGGAUGAGGAUGAGGAUGGAAAUUGUGAUAGAGAUGGAGUUGAAGUCGCUAUUCUAGUCUUUGACUUGACACAGUAUAAAAGUUUUACCGAAAUCAAAAUUUGGAUACAAGAGCUACAUCGGAACGUGCAGGAUCCUAUAAUAUUAGCAUUGGUUGGUAAUAAAUUGGAUUUGCAUGCACAGCGUACUGUGUCGCGUGAUGAAGCUUAUCUAUUUGCCUCAUCGAUUGGCGCAAGUUAUUUUGAAACAUCAGCUGAAGUUGAUCAAGGUCUGGAACAGGUUUUUCAAACGAUAGCCUUAGGAUUUGUGCGACUAAUGAAAGAGGGUAAAAGUCGGUCUUUACGUCAAUUCGAUUCAUGCGACUCUAUCACAGCAUAUACGAAUAACAAUACUGCCUUCAGUUAUAGUUCAGCGGCUAUGACUAACGGCAAUGGCAGUUUUCAAUUAUCUGCUAUACCAGUGGGCAUACCAGUUGAGGGUGAAAAUGUUAAGAUUAGUGGUGUUGGAAGACAAGAAACUCCUUCUUGGAGUAUUGAACAUAUAGCGUUAGGUGAGGUGGAACCCACGGGUAGUUGCUGUUAUUAGGCUAGAAACAAAAAUAAUUUAAAUUAGCACGCUAACUAUUAGAAAAUGUGAUUUUUGUUUCGUAUUAAAACACGAAUUUAUAUUUUUUACUCUAGCUUUUAGCUUAUCGAAAAAUGUAAAGCAAUCUUAAAUUUAAGUUUAUAUUUUAAAAUAGGUGACAUGGAGGAUAUGUUUAAGGAUUUAGUGAGAUGAACUUUAAAUAUAAUUUUAAAGCGAAUAUUGACAUUACCAUGAUUUUAAUAGUUAUA